AUGAAAAGAAAGUUCAAGGAUAAUUUGAACAAGGACGAGUCCAGUUUUAGUCUGCAUGAGAAGAAAAAGUUUAGGCUUUCCAAAAGAAUUUGGGGCGCUGGUUCUAUUGUUUGUGCUCUUGUUGAAACCUUCAGCUCUCCUAUUACACCAUAUUCGACAAUUAUGGAAGAAGCGAUGGAUUUGGUAGGAGAUGUAGAGAGAGUUGAGCUUGACAAGAAGUGGAUAGCCCUUGAUAUUUCUCAAUUGGAGAUUAACAUGAAAAAAGCACGACUAGUCCAGGAGAAUAUUCAAACAACAUUUGAUUUUCUUCCUUCGCCUGGGGUUGAUGGUAGCACCAAUAUGAAAAUUAUUGAAGGGAUGGAUUUUGUGGCAGAAAUGCAAAAACCUGAAUUUGACAAGAAGUUUAAAGCAAUUGAUAUUUUGCAGUUGGAGCUUAACAUGAGGAUGGCACAAUUAGCCCAAACUAAUAUAAGUAUGAUCUUAGAUGUUUACAAGUCCUAUAAGUAA